AUGGCUCAACUGCACCCACCCCCCGCCUGUUGCACCGGCCGUGGCGUUGAGGCCACUAACGACGACAAGACUGGAACAAGACUAACAGAUCAACACAACCGAAUGGCAAGACUGGACCGGCGGACGCUUGAGGGUUUUCUGCAUAUGCAUGGUCCUUUCGCCUCUACCCAAUUUGGCCGCACUCGCUUAUUAUCCUCGUCCAAAUUAGCCCAUCAAAACCAGAGUCCAGAGACCAGCCCCGCCUAUCAAUCUCCACCCGCCAACCUGAUCCAUGCCUUCCCACUGGAUCGUUUCAUUCUCCGCCAAUCUGGUACCAUCCUAAGCGAACAGUUGGCUCCUCAAUUCCGCUCUCUGAGCAGUGAAAAUCCUCAGCCUCCUCCGCAGGACCGUCGGGGACAACCCCCCCCCCCUCUUGGCAUUUACCCAAACCGGCAAACGGGCUCCAGUCUCGAAUUGAGACCAACAUUGUCAGUCGAUUAA